UUCGUUUUCUUUUUUCAAGUGUCGAAACAUAUUUCUCGCAAAUUUUCCUUACCUUUACCUUCCUUGAUUUGUCUAAAACGACUCACUAGUACUAUCAGAAGCUUAAGAACUACUUAGGGAAGGAAUGAGGGAUAAAUUUUCGCCGAUGUAAUUUACCCAUGAUCACUAGACGCCGCCGAACACGAUCGAGCGGUGAAGACAACGAUCAAACUCGAGUGGAAUUUUCAAGCGAAAACAACUUCAGUUCGAUAACUGUGGAUAUGACAACAUGUAGAGACAGAACCUCGGAGUUUAUCUCCGCCGUAAAAUCACUUCAAUCAAGACAGGGAAAUAAUUUUGCUGGAAACAGGCAUGACCACCAACGCCAAGGUGGACUCCAGAAAAGUCAAUUUUUUGUCAUUGCCAAGCACAUUGGAAAGGAUAUCAGCAAUACUUUUGCUAAACUGGAAAAGCUUGCCAUCUUGGCCAAGAAGAAAUCAUUGUUUGAUGACAGACCCAUGGAAAUCCAGGAACUGACAUACAUAAUAAAACAGGAUAUUACUGGUUUAAACCAGCAGAUUGCCCAGUUACAAGAGCUGGUGAAAUCUAAGGCUAGUACUCAAGGGAGGCAUCUACAGACCCACUCAAGUACAGUAGUACUAUCACUUCAGUCAAAACUAGCAAGAAUGUCAAAGGACUUCAAAGGUGUCCUGGAAGUAAGAACCGAGAAUCUGAAACAGCAGAAGGAGAGAAGAGAGCAGUUCUCCCAAGGUGCUGCAGUGGACAGCCUACCUCCAUCUUCAUUAUCAGGCUCUGUAUUGCAGAGAUCUAAUGUAGCAAGGGGCUUGGGACAAGGUGGUGACUCAGCAGUGGCCAUAGAUAUGGAUCACAUGGAUUCCGCACCCCUAAUGUCCAAUGAUAUGAGCCAAAUGCAGCUGGUUGAACAACAGGACGAGUACAUACAAAGCCGGGCGAAUGCAAUGGAGAGCAUUGAAUCAACGAUUGUUGAACUUGGAAGUAUAUUUCAAGAGCUCGCUCACAUGGUUAAAGAACAGGAGGAACAGAUUGAAAGGAUUGAUGCCAAUGUUGAAGAAACAGAACUAAAUGUUGAGGCCGCACAUGGCGAACUGUUGAAGUAUUUUCAGUCAGUGACCUCAAAUAGGUGGUUAAUUAUAAAAAUAUUCUGCGUUCUCAUCAUCUUCUUCGUCGUUUUCGUUGUCUUCAUGGCUUGAAUAUUUCUCGAACUUGAACUCUCCAAUUCACCCAUUUCUUUAUAUUAUUUUACGGAGAUGAGUUCUCUUCUUCUCGGAAAUACAUUGUACUUAUUGGUUAAAGUUGGUUUAUUUGAUGUCCAUAAAUGGAAAUUCCAGAAUAUGAAGGGCGGAGCUGACACUGGCGUGUGCCUAGCAGGAAAUCUUUGGUUUACCAUGGCAACUGUAACCUGCAUGCCUAACUAGCCAAAGUGGAUUGCAACUAUAAAACCUUGUCAAAGGAGCUGUCAAAAAUCGAUCGAGAAAUUCGUCGUGGGCCAAAGGCGUGCAGUUAUCACCCUUCUGCUACUGACAAUAUUAUACUACUACGGCACAGAUCUGGAGGAAAUGGUCAAAUAUGUAUGACAGAAGAUGAUGUGGGAAAAAAUCUUAGCCUAGUUAGUUGUAAUACCGUUCAGUUGUUGUUACUGUCCUUGCCAGCAGAAUGCGUUUCAGCAGCCAAUUUCCCCUGAGGUUCGCUUUCGAACUGUGUUUUAAGUGAUUUUUUAAUUGUGCACGAUUUCGAAAUCUCAAAUAUCAGAAACAUCCUUUAGAGGAAACCACUAGAAAGUGGCACAUGUUCGAGAAAACUUAGUGGUAACAAAGUUUCAAGCGAAUUUUCAGCAAUUGACGUUCUCAUGCACAAGUAUUAUCUUGGAAAUUUGUUCCAUAAUCGAUAAUCGCUUUCUCUGGCAAGAGUGGUUGCCCCCUUUCUAUUGUUGUAUACUUAGAAUAUUAUCACAAAACUUUCCAGGAGAGGAGAGGAAGAAGAAGAAGAGGAACUAAAGAGAGAAAAAAAACGGAAAAGAUUAACUAGAAAAAUUCCUCUUGACUUUCUAUUCUUGAUUGAUCUUUUUCUUAGUUUUCUUUGUGGGAUAUAUGUAAACUAUGAAACAAUCUCUGGUAACCCUUUUACUUCCAAGAUGCGAUUACUUAUUAACUGUUGUGACUGCCAUUUGUUUCCAUUACAUCAAGAUAAUAUCACUCUUUAGUUGGUAUACAUCUUUUGUUGGUUUGUUUUGAUUGCCUGUGCUAGUUAGUGUUUGAAAAUUUCGAGCAGAAUUUACACAUCAAUCACUUGUGGAGGUUAAAGGGUUAGCUAUGAAAGUCCUUUCCUUUUAAUGUUUACGUGAAAGCAUGUAUUGCGUAGAAGUAUUGUUUGGUUCCUCCGCGGUAGUUGGAUAGCGUCGCGUUGCGAUAUUCUAAAAAUUGGUUUUUACUUACGACGGAGUCGGGGUCGUAAUCAGGAGUGCUGAGCGAAACGAUCUAGUGAAAAUCAAACCGACGGAAUCGAAUACUGCUUUCGAUGCUAUGGAGACUGAAGACUCGGAUUGGCAAGCGGAAGAUUGUACUGGAAGGGCCUGAGAACUGGCAUUGCGAUUGGCUGGUCCUUCCGCUUCUACUUGCGACUCCGAUGAUCCAGAUUUCACAAGAUCAAAAAUGUCGGAGUCACAAGCGGAAUCAGAUGAAAAUCAGACCGUUCUGAUUCUUAUGACUUCGAUUCAGUCGAGCUUAUGACUCUGCUUACGACUCCUAUUUUCAGUUUUCACCACGUCGGAAUCGCUCUUACGAAUAUGACUUGACUCCGUCGCUGGUGAAAAUCAGUCUCAACGAAUAAAAGAGGGUUUACACCUGCAGUGAUGAUGUAAA